CAUGUGUGGCACGGACAGGGUGCUGCCCGACCAGCUGAGUAUUCCCAGCAUUAUCAUUUCGAUAAAAGCAUUCACCUGACUGGACCCACUGCGUGUAGAUGUAAAGAUCCAACUCUCUGCCGAGUUCUUGCCCCAGCAAUUCAAUUCCAAGUUGAGGUCAUUGUCUUUGAUGCUGGAGGAUCUGACUGGAAGCAUUACGAUUGGUCAAAGGUCACGACUGUCAUAGCCACUGGAAGAUAUGACCCUGAUCUUUUGUGUCAUGCUCACGCACAUGACACUCGCGUUGUCCAGUAUGCAGACAUGCCAUUGAGACUGCUGCAAAACCAACAGAAUCAAGCUUCUUGGAUCAGUAAUAAAGUGCAGUUGGUAAAAAGACAGUUUAUGGACGGAAUCAGUUUGGCACUAGAUGCAGUUGUUGCAAACAGGUCGAAUGAUUAUUUUGCAAUGCCCAAAUUGGUUGCCAAAGUCAAAAAAGUUUUUCAAAGGAGCAUACCUGGAUCCCAGGUCACAUUUAACGUGCCGUGGUCACCAGAUUGCAUCAAUGGCCAAUGUCAUGACUAUUCAGAAAUUGCAAACUCCUGUGACUCCUUAAUCGUAAUGUCCUUUGACAUGCAGAAACAAAUGUGGACAGACUGCAGAGCAAAAGCGAGUGCUCCCUUUUAUCAGACUAUAUCAGGUAUCUCAGCUUAUAUCAAACUGGGUAUCGAUUCCAGAAAGAUUGUGAUGGGAGUUCCGUGGUAUGGUUUUAACUAUCCUUGUAAACGGUUUCUUGAGGCUGGUAACUGUGAACUAAUAGGCAGACCUUACAGAGGGGCUCCUUGCAGUAGUAAAAUUGCACGUCGACUCCCAUACAAAGAUAUCAUGCGGCAACUGUCCAGGUCAGUUAGUGGCAAGAUCUGGGAUGAUGACGUAAAAGCCCCAUACUUUGUUUACAAGGCUGGUGAGAAAUAUCACGAGGUCUGGUACGAUGAUCCAGAGAGUAUUUCAAUGAGGGCAACCAUCUUGAAGAAAUUGAAACUUCAAGGCAUUAGCAUAUGGUUUGGAAAUUACCUAAACUACAGUACUGAUCCCAGAGUAGCAAUGCAGACUGAAGAAAUGUGGAAUGCUCUUUGCCCUCCCUGAGGAAAAUGCCGAAGUCAGAUUGUUUUAUCUGCACAGAAAGUGAUGAUUAACUUUUACUUUACUCUGUCUUCUCCGCCUCUGCCAUUGGGCAGAAUUGGAAUUGGAAUUGGUUUAUAAUUGUCAAAUGUACUGAGGUACAGUGAAAAACUUGUCUUGCAUGCCGUCCAUACAGAUCAAUUCGUUACACAGUGCAUUGAGGCAGUACAAGGUAAAACAAUAACAGAAUGCAGAAUAAAGUGUCACAGCUACAGAGAAAGUGAUGAUUUACUUAAACUGAGAAUUGUGAGCUAACAUCUAAUAUUAAAAAUUAA